AUGCCUCUUAUCAAAAUUGAUUCAUGGUUUACACGUAUUGGUCAAGCAUUAGCACGAGAUAAAACAUCAACAUCAGAUAAUAAAGAAGAUAUUCGUUAUGCUGUUCGAAAAAUUAAUCAAUAUUUUUAUGCAGAAAAACCAACUGCAGAAGUAAUUGAAAAAUAUGCUAAUGUUAUUGUUGAUCUUUUACUUUCAACGUCUAAUGGUCCAGAUGACUUUGAAUUUCUUGGUCAAAUACUCAAUAUUGUUCGAGAAAUACUUGAUUGUGAUAAGAAAUUUUCUCGACCAUUGGUGAAAGCUUUAAUAAAAAAUGAUGUAUGUAGUUUUUUAUUACACACUCUUCGCAGUGUAUCCGAAGACCGUGGCUUGGGUCAAGAUGUUUCACUUCAAAUUCAUCAAAUUUUAGCUGUUAUUGGUCAUCAUGAUAAACGUCUUGCUUUAAAAGCUCGUCUAUUUAAAACAAUAGCAUGUACAAUUGGAUUGUUACGCAUAUAUAGUUAUAAUGCAAAAGUUUGUCCAGUUCUUUUAACUCUUCUAAAAAUCUAUGCAAAAAAUGCAAUAACUGCGUCUUCGAUAUGUCGAGCAUCUGGUUUGCAACCUUUACUUCGUCUCGCAUUAACACUUGAUCGACGUCAUGCUAAAUUACAAAAAUUAUCUAUUACGGUUGUUCGAUAUCUUACUCAAACUAAAAAACUAGCUAGUCGUGCAACAUCAACAACGAUUGUUCGUGAUAUAUUAGCUGUAGUUUUUCUAAUGGAUAAAUCCCAAGGACAAAAUCGUUUACGAACAAUUAAAAUAAAAGAAGGCCUUCUUAAAGUGCUCUUAAAUUUAGUUAAAUCAAAAACUGGUCGUGUUCAAUUUUUGGAAGCUAAUGGUUUUUAUUUAUUAUAUGAAUUAGCAAUGAAUGUUUUACCAAAUGAUAAUUUUUGUACGUUUCUUGAUCUUUCUUGUCAAGUUAUGCUUCAUUGUUGUCCAAAACAGCAAUUACCAAUUGAUACAAUAUUUAGUCCAGUAAGAUAUUUUUUACCACAUGGUUACGAUUAUAUUGUUUCUAAUGAAUUACUUAGUGCUGAUCCUCAGAUAAUAAAAGAUCUUGAUGAUAUGCGCGAAAAAUGUAAAUCAGCUGUGCCAUCAAAUGAACGAAAUUCUAAUACUGAACAACGUGUUCGACCAAAAUCAUCAAUGAGUUCAUCAACAACAAGAGCAUCAUCAGCAUCAAAAUCUACAACAACGACAUCAUGUCGACCAAAAUCUUUGAAAGGAACAAAAUUAGAAAAGAAAAAAGUUGAACAAAAAACAUUAUCAAAGAAAAAAUCGAAUACAAAUGGAAAUAAAUAUCGUCAAGUAUCAAGAUUAGAUACUAAUGGUAUUGAUGAUGUAGAAGAAACUGGUAUUCGUCUUGUUGAAGAUGAAGAACUUGAUGAUGAAGAUAGUUCAAAAUCAGAUGACGAUGCUGAAGAAGACGACGAUGAGGAAGAUGAAGGUUCUAAUAAAGAAAAUCUGUCGAGUUCCUCAAUUCCAUUACCAAAUGGUGAAGAACCAAUACGUGAUUCAGUUGAUUUGUCUCGAGCAUAUGAACAAUUUUUUGAUGAAACGAUUGAUCCUAUUUAUAUGCUUCGAUUGAAAAUGGUACAAACCAUUAUUGAUCCACACACAGACAGCUUAUUAUCAAGAUUAUUUCGAAAUAUUUUACCAGCAUCGUUGACACCACUAACAGCUCAAUCGAGAUUUUCUUAUUGGCGUAUGCCAUCAGAUUUAUAUUUUCAAACUUAUUCAAUGCUUGCUAAAUCUACUAGAAGUGCCUAUCAAUUUACUAAACUUGCAUAUCCUGAUGCUUUUAAUGCUGUAUCUUAUCCGAGAUUUGAACCAAUGCAAAAAUCUGAUGAGCGAAGCAGUCGAACAACAUUACUUGCUGAUAUUCGUCGAAUUCUUUAUCCACCAUCGAUUUAUAAUCGAACCGUAUACGAUUUUGAUACAAUUGUUGAUAAUUCAACAACAACGACAUUAAAUAAUGAUGAUGAACAAAGAUGUCACAGGCGAUCAAACGCUGAUCAUCUUCUAUUUGAUUCUCAAUUUGAAUGUGGCAAUUUAAGAAAAGCAAUUCAAAUUACCGAAGAGGAAUAUGAUCUUAUCCUUCGACCUGAUAUAAAUACAUUUCGUUAUCAUCAAUGGUUCUAUUUUGAAGUAUCAAAUAUGCGUCCUGACAUAACAUAUCGUUUUAAUAUAAUUAAUUUUGAAAAACUUAAUAGUCAAUUUAAUGCUGGUAUGCAACCAGUUAUGUUUAGCGUUUGUGAUGCACUUGGUGGUAAAUCAUAUUGGCGUCGGAUAGGUGAAAAAAUUUCUUAUUAUAAAAAUACAUAUGGUAAAAAAAAGAAAAUCUAUUAUACAUUAACAUUUAAUAUACGGUUUGCACAUGCUAAUGAUAUUUGUUAUAUAGCCUAUCAUUAUCCAUAUACAUAUACAACAUUAAUGACAGAUUUAGUUAAUUGGUCAAAUACAUAUGAUCGAGCAAGUAUUUAUUUUCGUCAACAAGUACUUUGUAAAACAUUAUCUGGAAAUGAUUGUCCUUUAUUAACAAUAACUAGUUUUUAUAAUCAAAAUGAUUUAUAUCAAAAUGAAAAACAAACAAUUUCAUUACAUGAAAGAUCAUAUGUUAUAUUAACAGCACGUGUUCAUCCAGGUGAAUCAAAUGCAUCAUGGAUUAUGAAAGGAAUUAUUGAUUAUUUAUUGAGUGAUGAACCAACAGCACGAAUUCUACGAGAUCGAUUUAUUUUUAAAGUUUUUUGUGAUUUUCAUGGACAUUCGCGACAGAAAAAUUUUUUCUUCUAUGGUAAUGAUCCUCGUCUUCAUUUUCUUGGUCCAGCUUAUGAUCGUUCAACGAUAACAAAACUAUUUCCAAAACUAUUUGCGGAUAUACAAGGUUUUGCAUUACAAAGUUGUUUAUUUUCAAUGCGAAAACAAAAAGAAGGCUGUGCUCGUAUUGUUGUUUGGGAUGAAUUUAAAAUUGAUUUGGCUUAUACAAUGGAAGCAACAUAUAAUGGUUUUGAUGUUGGAUUAUAUAAAGGAUUACAAAUACAAAUAUCAACAUUACAAAUGAUUGGUCAUGAUUUUUGUAGAGUUUUAGUUAAACUUGUUGAUCAAGAGUUAAAAUCAGCUGACAGUAUUCUUCCAAUUGAAGAGUUAUUUGUUACAAAUGAAAAUUAUUCACAAGAAAAAUGUGCGCCUCAUGGUGAUGAAAAAAGGCGUAGUUCUUCAACAGAUUCUUCCUCGUCAUCAUCAUCGAGUAGUUCAUUAUCAUCAACGGAUGGUGGUGUUCAUUAA